GGGCGCCGGGUUGGUGCGCGCCUGCGUCAGAGGGUCGCCCCGGAGCGAGCGGGAAUCUUGAGAGAGGAGUUCGAGGCGUGAGGCGGUCGGGUUUUCUCCUCAGCCGGCUUCUUUAGCCGCAGGAAACGGUCUUGGCGGUAGAAGAUCUCACUGCAAUGUUUGCAGGAGGAGGAUCGUUCGGCCUUGAGCAGAAAGAAGGGAGCCUAACACCAGAGGCCUCCAAAACUGGGAAGAAUCAAGAUGGUGAUAAAUCCCAGAAGACAACCACAGGAGAUGGAAUAGUGAAUGAUGACACUGUUUUCGUUCAGCUUCUCAAGGCAGCAGGGAUUCUUCUUAAAGUCGGAGGAAAGCAGAAUGAGCUAGUGGUGGAACAAGUCAUUUUCCAAAAGAAGCUCUUUCAGGAACUAAAGAAACAUGCUCUCUACCCAAGAGUGAUAGAAGAAUUUGUAAGUGGUCUGGAGUCCUACAUUGAGGACAGAGACUGUUUCAGAAACUGCCUCCAGGCUUGCGAGUGCCUCCAUACUGAAGAGACUAGCUUAUUCACUCCAUGCUACAAGAGUGUCAUCAAACUGCUGCUGGGAAUCGACAUUUUACAGCCCGCUGUUAUCAAACUCUUAUUUGAAAAGUUUCCACAGUUCAUGUUAGAAAGAUCGGGCAGUGAUGAAAUGGGUAUACCUCAGCUAAUCAUCAACCAAUUUAAAUGGAUUGACAGAAUCGUCGAUGGCAAGGAUUUCAACACUAAGAUUUUACAGCUGGUCAGCAUCGUUCCACUGGCCCUGCAACAUGACAUUAUCACCAGUUUGCCAGAGAUCCUAGAGGAUUCCCAGCGCGGUGACAUGGCCAAAGAACUCUGCGUCCUAAUGAAGCAGAAUAUCGCAUUAACUAUUCCAGUCUUGGAUGUCCUGCCCAGCCUCUACCUUGGACCAGAGCUCCUGGUGGAGCUGCGCCAGUCUCUCAUGACCCAACUAUCCAUCGUCAAGCUGGAAGAUUUACCUGUGAUCGUCAAGUUCAUUCUCCAUUCCAUCACAGCCACAAAUGCUCUAGAGGUGAUCUCUGAAUUACGCAUGAAGUUGAGCCUGGAAUCCUGUGUUUUGCCCUCAGAAAUUCAAAGUUUGCACAAAAGCAAAGAACAAGCAAGAAAUCAAAGUGAUUCCAGCCAGAGCUGUAUCGUCCUCCUCUGUGAUGUGAUCAAAUCAGCUCUUAGAUUCCAGAAGUCCAUGUCAGAAGCUUGGAUUAAGGCAAUUGAAAACAUUGAUUCUGUGUCUGACCACAAGGCUCUUGACCUGAUAGUGCUGCUGAUUAUCUACAGUAUCAACCCUCAGAGUAAGAAGCACAUAGGGAAGGUGCUGAGGACCAAAGCUCAGUCGGGCUGCCUUCAGGAGCCGCUACUGCAGAGGACUUUCUCUGGUCACCCCACCGUUUUCAGGGAUUACUUGCCGUCCCUUCUGUCAAUUGCUCAGAUCUUGCUGCGCUCUGUGGAUCACAGUGUGAUUUCUUUUGUCAGCCUCCUGUAUAAGCAUGCAUUUCUGUCUCUUGACGCUUACUGUCAGCAGGAAGUUAUUGGCACCCUAGUGAACCACGUCUGCUGUGGCACUGAUGUCGAAGUAAAUAUUUCUCUAGACCUGCUGUUGGAACUGGUGGUGCUGAAAUACUCUGCUAUGUGCAUGUGUUCAUCCCUUCUGAAGGGCAUUUUAGAAUACCUGGAUAAUAUGACUCUUGAGCAGAUAAGAAAACUUUUCACCAUGCUCAGCAGACUGGCAUUUGGCAAGGGUCUUGAAGACAGCAGCCACAUGCAGGAUGACCUGCACAUGGUGAUCAGAAAACAACUCUUCAGUCAUGUGUCUAAGUACAAACUAAUAGGGGUUAUCGGUGCUGUGUCCAUGGUGGCGUCCUUGAUGCAAAACAGAAUUGAAGCUUCUGAACGUAAUCCAGUUGAAGAAAAGCUGAGCGAUGAAAAAAAAGAACAGGUGACUUCUUUGUUGGAGCUGAUUUGUUCCUGCAGUGAGAACUCCCCGCAAGCUUCUGUGCUCUAUUAUGAUGAAUUUGCCAACCUCAUCCAAAAAGGAAAUUUGGCUCCGCAAACCCUGGAAUGGAUGGAGCAGUCCAUGUUGAAUGCUUUCCAGGAUGCCUUUGUGGUGGACCAUGACCCAGCUCAGCAAAGGACUGACCAGUCACCUGUGAAAGCUUUGUACCACCUGGAAGAAGAUUCUCCGGGAGAAAUUGCUAUCAACCUCCUGCCACUGCUGGCCCAGCAGGAUCUCAAGAAAAAUAUCUGGGAUUGGACUCCCGCAGACCCUGAGAAGAAAAUAGUGUCUCCAGUAUGCCUGCCACCCUUUUUCCGGUUACUGAGAAUUUGUGUGCAGAGGCAAAAUGCUGGAAAAUUGGACGACAUUGAAGGUUUAUUAGUUUGCCCCAUAUACUUCUCUGAGUUGGAGUCCCAAGAGACGCUGGCUUCCAUGCUCCAAGAGGAACGUUCAUUCAAGUGCUCGCUCUUGUUCCUCGCUAUCAACUGGUUCCGGGAGCUGGUGAAUGCCUUCUGUGGACAGAUUGACCCCGACAUAAAGGAAAAACUCAUUGCUCGGCUAAAGCACAUUACAGACCUGCAGACUGUGCUGGAAAAGUACUUAGCAGUUACCCCUGGCUAUGAACCUCCAGUAGCAAAUUUUGAUUUCGACACUCUGGAUGGAAUACCCCAUGUUAAGCUUGCCGUUUUAGGGAAAACCAGAAAAAAAGCGGGGGCAGGAGGAAGAAAGCGAAAAGCCGAUGGCAGCAAAAUCUCUUCUCCGGAAAAACUCGCGAAAGAGGUCAGCCGGGAAGGCGAUCAGUCUCAGACUGACAAGAGUCAAUUAGACAAGGGACUGAAGAAGGAGAAGCUGCCGGUCGUGUCACUUGAGAAUUAUAACACCUUCUUCCGAGAGCUAGAUCUUGAGGUGUUUUCCAUUCUCCAUUGUCGACUUUGGACUCCAUCUCCGUUGGCUGCUGAAUUCCUCACGGUGGACCCUGAACUCAACCAGCUGGAGCCCCCCCAGCUCCUCUUCCUGCUGGAUGAUCUCUUCCGGAAGAUGGAGAAUACAUUGUCUCCUGUUGCCAAGCAGUUGCCGUUCCUUACCAGCAAGAAAGGCAAGAACGCCGGCUUCUCCCAUCUGCAGCAGAAAUCAACCGAUGAAAUUGCUCGGUGCUUUUUGCAGCUGCUGACUCCGUUGAGUAACCACAUGGAGGUCAUCCAUAACUACUUCCAGGUCUUAAAUGAUGAGAACAGUGACAUGGAAGGUGCGCCAACAAUGCAUGGACAGGCCCAACUGGUCCUGGCUUCCUGUUACCUCCGGCUGCUGCAGAUUUUUCAUGGGCUGUUUGCCUGGAAUGGAUUUUCUCAGCCUAAGAAUCAGAACUUGCUGAAGUCAGCCCUGGAGGUCCUUGCAGGCAAACUGUAUCAAGGAGACAGUGAAUUGCCCGAAGAGGAGCUGUUCAGCCUGACUUUUCGCUACUUGAUGAAUUUCCAACCCAGUAUUCCUAGUUUCCAGUGUGGCCUUUACCUCAUUAAGCUCCAGGUUGCCAUCGCUGAGAAAUCCCUGGAGAGCCAGCACAAAGAUAAAAUAGCUUACCAGGCCAAAGAGUUCCUCUGCAAAAUCUGGUUAAAGCCAAAUGGGGAGAAAGAGAAGGGCAGUGGCUUUAAAGACCAGCUCCAGUCCCUCCUCAGCAUUUACCUGACCAACACAGACAAUAUCCUGAAGGCAAUAGAAGAGAUCGUUGUGGUUGGUGUCGAGCAGCUAACCAAUUCGCCCAAAGAAGCACAUUCUUCCACUUUCCCUACGCUCUCCCGGCAGACGUUUUUAGUUUACUUUCGGGUGAUGAUGAUCGAGCUGGAGAAGACAGUGAGGACCUUCCCUGCCAAUGUGCCAACAGACGUCCAGGAGCUCAAAGAGAAGUUUGUAUUUUGGAAAAUGGCCAUCAAGGACUUCCACAUCCUUAUUAGCCUUGUUAAGGUGUACGACAGUUGGCCGAUCCUGAACGUCUCUCUGAAGUAUGGUCGCCUUUUCGUGGAUGGAUUUCUUAAGCAGUGUAUGCCACUCCUGGACAGCACCUUUAAAAAAUACUGGGAAGAAGUCGAUUACUUACUGAAAAUCUUCCAGCUGAGUACCAGACAACUGCACAACAUGUGUAGCCACUCUAAGAUUCACCAGGAUGUGCGCCUGACUAGCCACGUGCCUUCGUUAAAGAAAUCCCUAGAGAUGCUUGUCUUGAGAGUAAAAGCCAUGCUGACCCUCAACAACUGCCAGGAGGCUUUCUGGCUGGGCAUUCUCAGAAACAGGGACCUGCAGGGUGAAGAGAUCCUGGAACCAGAUUCCCAGGAAGAGGAGAAUGAGAUGGAGUCAGAUUCCCAGCUCUCCAAGCAGGAGGCAGGAAAGGACAAUGAAAACAAAGCAAGCGGUAGUGAAGGUGAGCGAGUGGAUGAUGAAAACGAAAAGGCCAAUUAGACCUCGGCGAUAACCGAGAGCGGUACUCUUGAUGUCUCUCGGUCAUGUCUCUACAUCACAGGACUGCCUUCGAACUGUCAGUUCAGAGAAUCCACCAGGCAGAGGUUUGCUGACUCCUGCCAUUAGCAAACCCAAUCCGUUACCAAGAGGGCUGAUUGAAGCAAGUCAGCUUUAGGCUUGGCCUUUGUGUCUGAAAUGUACCAAGCCCAGACCUUUGGUAUCUGGGAAGUUAAACUUGGAAGCACUUUGGAUUGUUUUUGAACCUAGAUUUGCACUGUUCACUUUCCGUUAACUGCUCUCUGCUACUGGGCUUGAGCACCUCUGUCUUGGCUACUGAACUUCCUUAAAUGCAUUCCAUGGCCUUUGUCUUCUUUUUCCCCCACUGCGUCUCCUUAAUUGUUUAGUGUCUCAGGGAAGGUGGGGUUACUGGCAAGGAGGGGUGGCAAAGGGGAAGAUACUUCAAAAAGCCAAAGCCAGUUCUCAGCAGAACUGAGGGAACACACCUUUAAGUAAGAAUCGUAAAUUUGCCUCCCUGGAAGAAAUUUUGUUAGUACCGGUGGAUGACCUUUUGUGAUUACCCCGAAACGCUGCCUCUGGCUUCCAGAUGCCUGCCAGGAGGUAGUUCAUGUUUCGUGUAGAACCAGAUGGGAACUUGGCAAGGGGCCUUCCUGCUGUUGCUAUUUUUCUCAUCUCACAUACCGCAGAGGAAGAAAAUCUAGCCUUCCUUUGGAUUUUCGAUUUUCACGGUCCUUUUGCUCUAUCUAUUCCAAGGUUAUUAAGGUGGGAUUUCUCAAUCCCGUUUAGCCCAUGCGGGGCAGAGUACUGGUUCACUUUAUAAAUUAGAAUGUAUUCUAAUUUCCAGUUCAGCUGUGUCAGUUCCCCUUGAAAGCCAACGCGCUGCUUAUAAAUCACGUUCGGAGCAAUGGGUCAAGAGGGUGUUUUUGAAUAAAAAAACAAACUGAAUGCAGAAAGCUCUUCCCUUGUGCUAUCCCCGAUCUUUGUUCAGGUCUUUUUUCUCCCAGUCUUUAAUGAUUUAUCUGCUACAGCAGAUGAAUACUGUUUUUAAUGUUACUAUCCUUCCAUUCCCUUUGUGUGUGUGUGUGCGUGUGUCUAUCUGUCUCUCUUUUUUCCGAGCCAAUGAACCAACUCCCGAAUGGUGGACUUGCCUGGUGCCAUUCCACUUGGGAACACAAAAAGCCGUGACUGUCAUUCACCCUUUCAUGCUGCUGAAUUCAGUUCUCCCUUUCUUCAGGUUGUUUAGAAAAUGAAAACAGCCAACCACUGUACUUUUGUGUUUUGUAUUGUUGUUUUUUCCCAUUAUCAUGGGAACGUUACAAGGCUGUACUUUGACUCGUCUCCCUAACGAAUGUAUAAUUUUAUAAAGGAAAUGUUGUUUGUUCACCAUCA